AUGACAAUGGAAGAUCGCACGGGUGGCAUCGACCGUGCCGCCCCCGCGACGUCCACGACGGCGACAACGGCGUUAACGUCGUCCAGUCCUUCGUCCAUCAGCGAAGUCACCCCCGACGCCUCGUAUCCUCUUCAGCGCGCCAGCAAGCGUUCCUUCGACGUGGCGUUUCUCGUGGCGCCGGACGAGAAUCUGGCGCGACGUCAACACGAGAAGCUGAGAAUGGUGUCCGCCAGGAAAGAACGUCUCCGAGAAGAAAUUUCAACCGAGAACAUGAUAGAUCCGGACAGAUUGCCCCAGAAUCUAACGAUCAAGAAUUACGAGAACGACAGUGGAGGAUCUGACAGAAGAAGGGUGAUGCAAUGCACGGAGAAUGGUCUUUCUCCAGACCACGACGCUCGAAGAUACGUCUCCAGCUCGCGUCUCCAAAAGACACCAAGUCCACCCGCGUUCGCGGCUCAUCAGUCGCUAUUAACCGGUUGUCCAGAGUCGGUGGAAUCUAGCCUGACCUGCAACAAGAUCUACGACACGGGUAUAUCUUGUCCAGGUGACAGACACGGCGAGUCACGCAGCGCUUUUACGAAAGUGACCCUGGCCAGCCAGAGGAACGGCUUCAACGACGACGGACAGACAUCACCGAGAUCCUCCAUCUCCCCUGACGAUCGCGCCAGCUAUCAAAGCAGCGUCAGUCCACCUGUGGUGCCUCUGACCGGUCCCACCGGGUAUAAAUACGCGCCGUUCCCCACAAAAAUGCCGUACCCCUUCCUGGUCAAUCCAGAGUCCGGCCAACCAGGUCUGCUGGAGAAUUUGAAGAUCCCGCAGAUCGCUCAGCCGCCGAAAGUACCCAGCCCAAAGAUGCCCAGCUUUCGACCGGAUCUGUCGCCGGUCUAUCCGAACCUCUCGUACAAUCCGAUCUCCGUUUUCCCACCGAUGGCAGACGCGCUAACCAGACCGAGAUUCUUGGCGACGGCCGCCGGGGUGGCCGGUCUUCUGCCCCCGUCGUUCGCUGCGCUCACCCUGCCCGCCCAAAACGUCUGCGCCAAGUGCAAUCUCUCCUUCCGGAUGACGUCCGAUCUGGUCUACCAUAUGAGGUCCCACCACAAAAAUGAGAACUCUGCGGAGGCUGCCAGAAGGAGACGGGAGGAGAAGCUACGAUGUCCCGUGUGCGACGAGAGCUUUCGGGAGAGGCAUCAUUUGACCAGGCACAUGACCGCCCACCAGGACAAAGAGAGCGACGCGAUCGUCGAUCAGGUCGAGGUGAAGAGGCGAGCCACCACUGUGCACAGCAAAUGA